ACGAACGAUCUUUCUCAUUCUUUGUUUUUCUCUCUUUUCUUUACAGUUGAUUAAUUUCUACUCUUGUUUCUUUCUAAUCGGCGUUCCUAUAUUCCUUCUUGAAAUUGCACCAAAUCUUGAACCAGUAUCACUAUUGAUUGAUGUGGUUUGAUUUUGCUGUGCUUAUUGACUCUGAACAUUUCAUUGAUUACAAUUAUAUGCUUAAGUACAUGGUUUUACUGUUAUUAAUGAUUAUUGACCAAUUUGUGUUAAUUUCUGUUAAUGGUUGUACCUUUUAAUUGAUUUCACUGUUUUCUUUGAAAACCCAGUACUAGUAGUAGAAAUUGAAUAUUUGUUGAUCAAAGUUCAGGAUUGACUAGGUUGAGCAAGCAAUCCUCCAUAACUUAGCUGUAGGUUAAUGGUGUGUGUGCAGUCAUAUCAAGCAUGUAGAAAAGCACUUUGGUCCUGUUUGAUUCCCGGAUAUAAAGGUUGGAUUGGAUAUUAUAUACUGUAGAGUCCACAUAUCUCCGGAAUAAUUAUCAUUGAUGCUAACCAGCUCUGUUUUUAGAAUCUUACGAUUUGCGAUUUGAUUCACGAUUCGAUUCACCCAAAAACCAAUGAAUUUAGCAUUUUUCUCUUUUUGGUUGCAAAUUGCAAUAUGAUUUGAUCCCAUAUAUACUUCUUAUUAUACAUUCCAAAAUCCAACUUGAAAUUGCUAGCUGUCUUUGCAUUUAUUUUGUAGAUAUCAUUUCAUUUUCGUUGACAUGAUUGUAGGACAACCACAAACUUGCCAAUGGAACUUUGAAAAACACAAAUUGAUGGCAACAAUUUGGAGUUGUGCUGUGGCCAACAGCACAUAUAUCCUCUUUGUUACAAUAUGAUUGAUCUCCUAUAUCUAUCCAUUACCUUCCAUAGCCCAAUUUAACCAUUGCGAGCUAGCUGUGUAUGCACUCAUUUCUCAUAUAUCAUUGCAUUCUCCUUCGCACAAUUCUAGAACAACGAUGAUCCUAUUUUUGAAACUGUAGGAAACCCAAAUUGAUAUCAAUGCAUUGGAGUAGUACGGAGACUCCAGCAGGUUCAGUUUGGAGCUUUAGGUUCUCUGAAAAAUCAUAACUGUCUCUAUCGUCAUGUACAAUAAUUGCUUCUUAUAUUAAAUGCAUAUAUUGUUUUAUAUUUCAUGCCCACAUUGUAGGAUGUAGCAAGUUAAGCAUUGACAUGAUGAUGAGAAACCCAACUUUGUGGUGUGCUCCUUCCUAUCAAGUUUUGUUUCUUGGCAAUUAGCAUAACUUUGGCUCCAUCCUUGAUGAGAGCUAUAUUGUGAUCAACAAAGCGCACACGAUGGAUGCUUACCAGAAUGAUGUCUUUUUCUAGCACCAUUUGCCUAAGUGUCCAUGUGCUACCUAUUGACUUGCAAUUCUGUACAACUAACUAGUGAUUUGCACACAUGCUCACAGUUCAGGGAAUCAGACCCACUAGAAAUCAUUCAUAAAAGGUUUCGCCUAUGCUAAUUUGGCACUAGUCAGGAUUUUGAUAUGGAUAAAGAGAGAGGUAAUCAAGCAUCCCGAAUCUUUGGGAAUUUCGGCAGUAUCCUACGAAAAUGCAUUUUUGGGGUUCUUUCCAUUGGUCCUGUCCCUCAGCACAUUGCCUUCAUCAUGGAUGGGAAUCGAAGAUACGCAAAGAAGUGGAAAUUGAUAGAAGGGACUGGCCACAGGAUUGGUUUCUUGGCUCUCAUGUCCAUGCUCCAAUACUGCUACGAGCUCGGUGUGAAAUAUGUAACGAUUUAUGCAUUCAGCAUUGAUAAUUUUAAAAGACGUCCAGAAGAAGUUCAUUAUGUUAUGGAGUUGAUGCAGGAAAAGAUUGAAGGGUUAAUCGAAGAAGAGAGCAUAGUGAACCGCUAUGGAGUUAGAGUUUACUUUAUAGGUGACCUUAAGCUUUUGAACAAAUCUGUGAGGUUGGCAGCAGAGAGGGCUAUGACAGCCACAGCCAGUAACUCCAAGGCAGUGCUGUCGAUCUGUGUUGCCUACACUUCCACUGAUGAGAUUGUGCAUUCUGUUCAAGAAUCUUGCCAAGAAAAAUGGGAUGAACUCAAAUUACUUGAAGAAAGUGGUGCUGGGUAUGGUUUAAUUGGACUUGGGACCAAUGAAAUGAACCAAGGAGAUGAUAUUAUUAGUGUGACAGAUGUUGAGAAACAUAUGUAUAUGGCAGUCACACCCGACCCUGAUAUCUUGAUCCGUACUUCCGGUGAGACCCGCUUGAGCAAUUUUCUUUUGUGGCAGACUGCGCAUUGCCAUUUAUAUUCUCCCUCUGCGCUUUGGCCAGAGAUCGGUUUUUGGCAUUUGUUUUGGGCAGUUUUGGACUUCCAAAGGAACUCUGUUUACUUGGAAGAAAGAAAGAAGGUUGUACAAAUUCCACACUCCGACACAAAUUGCUCAUCUUCUUGACAAUAAUGUGGUUGUUCUACUUUAGUGAUUGUAUUCCUAUUCCACAAUUUGUCUUGACAACAGAAUUCAUUCAGACCUGGGUCGGGACUUCUUUUUCAUGUCCGUGCCCUUGGUGCUAGGUUGAGAAUAUAAACUUGAAUUUGCUACAUAGCAAUAUUUAUUCUUCUGAUACAGCAGAAGUUAUACUCCGAACAUUACACAGGGUCACAUUCAUGCAUGGGAAGAGUCUUUCUUUGGCUUAAGCCCCGUUUGGGAAUAGGCUAAUUUAGUAAUUUUUUGGCUAUUUGGCUAAAAUAUGAGCUAAAAAAAACUAGUAUGUUUGGGAUGAUUUUUUGGCUUUUUACGAAAAGAUGUGCAAAAAGUAAGAAAAAAAGAGAAUCUUUGACUUUUUGGUAUGGGUUGUUAGCUUUUUGACUUUUUUAGUAACGUUUUGACUUUUUGACUAAACCGGCUCUUCCCAAACGAGGCCUUAGUGCAUGCCAAGCAAGUACUAGGUUCGUGUAUGGGGCUUGUAUGUGGUGUGAAAUUUUUGUAUUUGUUGGCCUUUUAAGGUUGAACAGGAGUACUCUGUAUAUUUUUAUUUUAAUGAAGCAUAUGUAUUGGAUAUAUAAUAGGUACUGGCAUUCUCUGAUUAGUGCUGAUAAAACUUGUGGUUGUGUUUGUAGACAGCACUGGAGGAGAAACUUUGUAUGCUUCAAUUUGGACCUGUAAUUCGAAUUUGAGCCAUUGAUUCGGUU